UCGGGGGGGAGGUACUACGACUCGUACCUGAGUGACGGGGAAAACGCCGAGGGAGGCAUUCCCCAAGCGGCAGAACGGAAGGGGAAGAAAAAUGUAAACGAAGCAAAUGCCGCAGUAAGAGGGGCAACGAAGGAACCCAACAGUGGUCAAGCAAACAACCCCGGAAAGGAUGAACGCCAGUAUGACUUUUACAAAUUUUUGGACACCUUUUUUAAGACAGACUCCAUCCCAGAAAAUGCACUGGAGCACAUGUUGAACGUGCCAUACUUCCUAGAAAAAAUCAUGAGUUUCUCCUUCCUCCUUUGUCUGGAUAACAUCCUUUACGAUAUCACGUUUAUGCCUGUCCAGGUGAUUCGCUCUCUCUCCAUUUUGCUGUACACAUUUCUCAGAAAUACCGGUCAUAAUUUUCUGCGCCAUUUUUGCAAUAUAAAAAAUUUCAAAUUUUAUAAAUAUGCAACAACGUACAAUUAUAAAGAUUUAAAAAAAUACAAAGCGAGGAUUAUUAAAUGUUCAAACAAAUUUUCUCCAAAUGAAAGGAGAAAAAGAAGUAUUCUGGAAAAAAAUAAAAAAAAUCGAAUGGAUAACCAGUCAGGUAAAAGGAAUUCACUUGAAUGUUCAUUCGUUUUGAAAAAAAAUUCUUCGAAGAAUUCCUUUUUUGGACAUAAUCGUGUGAACUGCUUAUCCUACAACGUGAAUUAUUCCAACUCAGAUGAACUGAGCCUCGAGGGAGUAAAAAGCAUUUCGCAGAAUAACUCCAUUGACACGAAUUCUGUACUGAGUAGAUUAAGAAGUCUGACCAGACUGGGAAGCAGCGCGGACCGGGGCGCCAAAAGUGAUAAGUGUGCCAUGCACCCCUCCUGUGUAAACCGAGACAGUUAUGAGAAGCAGACUCCUUUUUUAGACUUCCAAUUUGGGAGCUCCGGCGAAUACACAGAUGGGAAGCCCCUCCAAAAUGACGACUCCGUCACAAGCGUGAAAAAGGACGACGCCGACCACUUGAGGGACGCCAAUCUUGAAAAGAGGAAAAGGAGGGCCCAGAUAAAGUAUAACAAGAGAAUGCUACAAUUGCUUAAUAAAAAGUCCAUAGAAAGAAAUGUCCAUCGGAGGAGGAAGACAAACCGCCUGUCCAGUCUACUCCUCUUCGAACCGCUCGUAUUUGCGAAAAGCAUAAUUUGCAAUAUUUUAAAAAGUUCAGCCAACAGUUUGUACGACGUGUUAAAAAGUCUGGGCAUCAGAGUGUUGCUCUUCUUUCACAUGAACAGACUCUACUCGUGUAGCAUUUUUAAGGCCGAGGAGAAGAAGAAGAUUGUCACCCGGUCCUUCGAGGCCAAGUGCCUAGGAAGUGGCAAAAAGGGCAGCAGCCAAACGGAGGGGGAACGGCAAUCCUCUGGUGAUCAAGCGAAGGAACAACCCCGUGACAAGGUGACUGCCGAACCGGCGGUGACUGCACAGAAUGGCGAUGUGCGCAAAGGAGAGAACCCAAACCAGGCAAAUAAUCUAACGAAGAAGAAGGAGGAACCCCAAAAGGGAAGCACAUUGUUCCUUCCAAUAAAUAAUCGACAAAGAAAAACAAAAAGUGAUUCCCAAAGGGGUAGUUACCAACAAAACGCGGAUGACUUAAUCAGUGAUUUUUCCAACCAAAGCGUCUACACAACUGAUGAAAGUGAUCUCUCAUGUAGUACAAACCCAAACGACAUAUGCGACGUGUUCGGCGGGGUACUAUUCCUGGAUGGACAGAGUAACCCCGAUGAGGAAAAUGACCCAAGUGAUUCAUACGGACAGAACCAGAGCGGUCAUUUAAGCCCCCUUUUUAUGACCCAAAAGAGAAACAGCGAAAACUGCCUCUACUACAAACUUAAUGAAGGAUUCGCAAAGCGAAAGAGCAUAAUGAAAAAUAUUUCCAAAGUUAAAGAAAUGAAAAGAAAGUUACUCAGGCAACAUUUGAAUUCCCUCAAAUUAUCCUUCCCAGAAUACAGUGGACUAAUAAGAAUGUCUCUCAUCCUUAUCUGCAUCUACAUUUUUUCCUUUCUUGACACGUCUAGAAUUUACCAUUACAUAAGAGCCCAGCCUUUUAUGAAAUUAUACGUGGUGCUGAAUAUGCUUGAAAUUGUCGAACGUCUGCUGAGGUCGUUAGGGAAGGACCUCAUAGAUGACAUGAUUCGAACGUUCAUCAGAAUCAUUAACUUACGAUCCUAUGUGUACAUUGUUCGGAACCACUACACGAGUAAAGAGAACGAACGGGAAACGGGGGGAAUAUCCGCCAUGUCGGAACACAACCCAGGUGGGGCUCUGCAAGGUAGGAAAAAAACUACCUUCCCAGCAUCUUCCCCCACGAUUAACGCAACUACCACGACGAAUACAACUGCAGCCACCACAGGGGGAUCCUCCAUCCAAGCGGAUCACUUCUCAGAAAACAAAUCAUGUAAUGCGAAACAUCUAAACCCGUAUGAGGCACCCCCGAAUGAUGACCAAUCGAAGAACAAACCAACAGGCAUUAAAAUUGCCAUCACCCCCAGGCACAACCAAAACCCAAACCAGAUGCAGAAGCAGAACCAGCUCAGUCCGAACGAACGGGAAAAAAACAAAAUCGACAAUCUCAAAAAUAACAAGGACGACCAAAUGAACAAGAAGUUUAAAAUCCCCAUCUUCUACCCCUUCUAUAGUAUUCUAAUCAAAUUUAUUGUGCAGUACAUUUUUGUCCUCACCUAUAUUUUAACCCAUGCCUUUGCGCACCUCAUACGCUUCCUUUCGUUGAACAUUGCGAUCAAUUCGUCGGAGUCGACCAUGUUCCUUAUCCUAGUGAUGAGUAACUUCACAGAAAUCAAGUCAACCGUCUUCAAAAAAUUCUCCAAGACUACCCUGUUCACAAUUGUCGCUUCAGAUGCAGUCGAACGCUUCUACCUCUUCAUCGACGCCUUCCUCGUGUUGCUAAAAAUGUCCACUGCGUACAGAACGCAGAAUUCUUUUUUUAGCAUUUCCAGCUGGCUCAUAAUUAUUCUGCUCCUCGAGGUCGGCGUCGACUGGUGCAAGCACUCCUACUUGCUCAAGUACAACAAUUUGGACUCGGAUUCCCUCAACAAAUAUUUCCACACCCUCCUGGCCGACGUCCUAAUCUCCAGAACUCCCAACAACAACAUCUACUACAUGAACACCUCCUCCUUCGAAGUGCCCUGCAAAAACAUUUUCUGCUUUUCGCACAUCCCCACGCGAAGACUUGGUUACAUGUCCAUGCCGGUCGUGACCCUCAUCGUGUGUUCCCUCCCAAGAUUGAACUAUUUGUACAACAUCUCCCACUUAUCAUUUGCUUUGUCCAUCUGGGUUUGCCUUUUCCUUUUCAAGAUCACCCUCUCAGUUAUGAUUGUGUCCUACACGAUAUCCCAAAAGAAGCAUCUUAAAAAUCUGGGGAAGCCAUAUGACGAUAUUAGUGCCAUGUGA